GUGUGUGUGUGUGGGUGUGUGCGUGUGUGCGUGUGUGUGUGUGUGUGUGUGUGUGAAAGGCCAUUUGAACUAACUGUGAGUGCGUGUGCAGGUUUAAAUGAAUUCCUCAUUGUCAGUUACUGUGCUGAGUGAAGCUCCGCCUUUUAAAAAACGAAAGUAAAAAGUCCGAUCAGAUGAGCUGAGUACCGUCUGCUGCAACAGUCUCAUUCCUGGUCACCAAAGCUUGAACUGCUGCUGCUGCAAAUCCGAUCUGCGCACACGUUCAUAAACCUCGAUUGAAAUCUGAGCAACAUGGAAAGAGGACCGAGCAGCAGAUGAUUGACCGGGGAGGAGGCAGUGAUGGAGGAUCUGAGCGGAGGAAGUGGUGCAACAGACGAUCAGGACGAGGAUUCUCUUUUGUAGGAUGGUCAGAGACAAUCUUAGUAGAACAGCAGUACAGAGCCAGAAGCCAAAUCACGCCGCCGAGAACCAAAGUCAAGCCCCGGAGGAGCCGACGGAGCCCGAGGCAGCGCUGAGCCCAGAGAGAGUUCAGCCGGAGAGCCAUGAGCCCACAGAGAGGCAGCUGGAUCUACUGCUCUGGAGCAAACUCAAGGAGGAAGGAAACGAAUCCUGGAAGCAGCCAGUCCCUGGAGCUGACAGUUUGCCCUCACACCUCCGUCCAUUCAGCAGCGAAGCAGAGUACAAACUAGUGAAAUGCACCUUUCAGCAGCUCCAGCAUAGCGGUUACUACUGGGGACCAAUGAGCAUGGAGGAGGCUCAUGACAUACUCACAAGUGCACCUCUGGGAACCUUCCUCAUCAGAGACAGCGGCCAGCCGGAUGUUUUCUUCACUCUGAGCUACCAAAGCGAUGACGGCCCGACAAGCGUUCGCAUCCAGCUGAACAAGCUGCUCUUCAGUCUGUACGGCAGCCACAGGACUUUUGUGACACUCUUCGCUUUGCUCACGUUUUACACCAGCUCGUCCUGCAAACUGACGGCGCCAUAUCGCAAGCAGCGUCCGGAGCGGCUGAAGCAGAUGUGCAGGAGGGCUUUUAUCCACACGUAUGGAGCAGAAGCGACGAGCACCUUAUCUGGACUCAGCAAAGAAGUUAAAGCCUACGUCCACGCAUACCCUCACUGCAUAUAGACUCUCCUGUGGUCCAAGUGCCUUUUGCUGCAUCAUGAUGUUGUUUAGAGAAAAAAGUUUUGAAUUUUUGUGUUGUUUUUUUUUCCAUGAGCAACACAUUUUUUUGCUAUUUUGACUCACAUAUGUGCAGCUUCGGAGGCUGUUGUACGUUAUCCAAAUGUUUUACAGAGUACUUGCAGCACACGAUGUCAUUAUUUAAUUAGCAGCGAUGUGUGCUGUCAGAAAUCAUAAUUAUUGUUUGUUCUUUUACAUAUUUAAGACACGUUUUUAACAGAUCCUGUGUAAACAUAUCAGUGAGUAAACACCCACUGCUGUUUAAAAGCUCCUUUACUUGAUAUUUGGCCGCUGUAUGGCAAAAGCACAUCAAAUGAAGUCAAUAUUUUGUCAGCAUGUAAGGUUGUGACUGAAAAUGUAAUUUGCAUUGGACUUCCAUUCACAUAUCCUAACAUUCUCUCCUCUUUCACUGUUUUUCAUGGAAGCCAGGAGCGGUCAAGGUUGCAGAUGUGUUUUUAAUCCUGCUGGCUAAUUGUUUCCUCAUCUCAGGUCAGAACAGUCAUUUUGUGAGAAUAAUGGGUGAAUUAUUUCAUUAUCUUUGGAAAGAAGUAGGUUGUUUUCGUCAGGAUACAGGGGUAAAUGGCUCAUUUUCAUGAGAACGCAAGAGAUUCUUGACAUCAUCAAUAGAGAUUGCGGUUUCCAUACUUUGCAAUCCAGCUGUGUUCAGUCAACAGCUGGAUCAUUGAAAUACAAAACUUUAUGAAUUUGCAGAUCUGGUCCACCCACUGCAUGAAGGAGCCUCUUUUGAAUGAAAGUAUCACAAGAAUCAUAUAACAAAACAACUGCGUAGCUGUAAAUCUAUAGUAAUUAAAUGAGGUGACAAAGCUCCACCAGGCAACACAGUUGAUGAUUAUUGAAUGUAGGUUUGUGUCUAACCACUAUUAUGUGUCUUGACCUGGUUCAGUUUUGCCACUAUCGAAUAUCGCUGUAUUUACAUUUGCUCAUUAACGCUUCACUUUUCCACAAAGGUACUCUUCAGAUUUCAGACAGCUGUACAAGAAUGGGAUGCUUUCAACAAAACUGUUUAUGUCUUGACUGCAAAAUAAAACGUGAAGGUUUUAUAGAA